AUGGACCCUCCUGCCCUCGGUCAGCCCGGCCCUGUCUGCCUGCCCUCCAGACAGCUGGCUCAAAGGGAGCCCGUAGCCUGUUGGUUGGGCAGUGUUUCCCAGUGGAGUGUUGCUGCAGCCGUCCUCGCAGGGAAGGUGGCUGGCAAAGAAAAGCUCCUGGGGCUUUUCCAACAGGGCUGCUGUGCUGUGUAUGGGGUGUGCGUGUGGGGCUCUCUCUGUCCAGCCGCUCCUGCUCCUUCACACUACUCGGAGCUCCAAGGGCUCGCCUGGGGCAGCCCCAUCCAGUGCUGCUGGGGCCUUGGUGGACGGGCGGGGCCAUUUUCUGGAGUGGCAACUGGUGGGGGCCGACGUCCUGCCUGCUCCGUGUCUUCAGCGGCCUUUGCGGAAGGGGCUCUGGCCUGCUGCCGGCAGAGGGGCUCUGCUGCCUCCGGACCUCGUGGGCCCCCUUCCUUGGGGACGGGACGGGACGCUGGCUGGCUGGCUGGCUGCACUCCGCCCAAGGCGCUUGGCUUGCAGCGGGGUCAAAGGAGUCCAGCAGAAGCAGGAAAGCGCAGGCCCAUCGGGCUGGGCGGCACAGGCCAGCCGGCCGCUUCGCAGCGCACUGCUGCCGCCGCCGCCGCCGCCAGGAGCCGCUCUCUCCCCGGCAAGGCUGGCCGGGCAGGGGCAGCCGCUGACCGCCUUGCAGCCCCGGAGGGCGAGCCGGGCAGCCGCCCGCCUCUGCGGCUCAGCCGAGCGAAGCGCUACGCCGGCGGGGGGAGUCCACCCAGCCGCCGCCGCCGCCACCCCGCUCCCUGCUUGCAGCCGGCCCAGGCGGGGCGGCUUCCGGGCGGAGCCAGCGGCGGGGCGGAGGCCGAGGCGGAAGCCCGCCCGGCCCAGCCCGGCGUCCUGCGCUCCGCGUCCUGCGAGGCGGCCAUGGCGCGUGGCCUGGCGGCGGCGCUGCGCCCCCAGCCCUGCGCCUUGGCGGCGGCGGCCGCGCUGGCCGUGGCGUGUGCCUUGUACUACGCGGGCUCGGGCGGCGCGCCGCGCCUGCCGAGCGGGGCCGGGCCGGAGCUCGGGCCUGCCCCCGCCGCCGCGUCCUCCUCCUCCUCCUCCGCCGCCGCCUCUUCCCCGUCGCUUCUCGCGGGGCCUGGCGGCGGCGGCGCCGAGAGCAAGGCCAAGGCGGGCGAGGAGCUGCUGGCGUCCGGGCCGGCGGGGGAGGCGGAGCUGCACGUGCUGCUGGUGCUGGCCAAGGCGGAGCGCAACGCGGCGCUGCGGGCCAAGGCGGAGCGGGCGCUGCGCUCGCUCGUGCGCUUCGGCAAGCUGGAGCCGCGCCGGGCGCUGGUGCUGCACCUGCUCAGCGACGCGCCCAGCAAGGGCCCGGCCAAGGCGCUCUUCCGCGACGCGCUGCGCGGCGCCUCCUUCAAGCACAAGGUGGUCUUCCACGACGUGGAGGUGUUGGCCGAGAAGCUGCUCCCCGUUGUGGGGGCCAUGCAGAAGCUCUUCAGCGCUGGCCCCGGCACCUAUUACAGUGACUCCAUCUUCUUCCUCUCGGUCGCCAUGCACCGCGUCAUGCCCAAGGAGAUUUCACGCAUCAUCCAGGUGGACCUCGAUGUGGAAUACAGGACCAACAUCCGGGAACUGUUUGAAGAGUUUGAGAACUUCCCUGAAGGGGCCGUGAUCGGCAUUGCCAGAGAGAUGCAGCCCGUCUAUCGGCAUAUCUUCUGGCAGUACCGGCAAGAGCACCCUGGGACUAGAGUGGGGGAGCCGCCCCCGGACGGGCUGCCCGGCUUCAACAGCGGCGUCUUGCUGCUGAACCUGGAGGCGAUGCGGCACUCCGAGCUCUACAACCGGCUCCUGGAGCCGGAGGCGGUGAGGCAGCUGGCCGACCGGUUCCACUUCAAGGGCCACCUGGGGGAUCAGGACUUCUUCACGCUGGCCGGCAUGGAGCACCCGGAGCUGUUCCACGUCCUGGACUGCACCUGGAACCGGCAGCUCUGCACCUGGUGGCGCGAGCACGGCUACGGCCAGGUCUUCGACCGCUACUUCCGCUGCGACGGCCACGUCAAGAUCUACCACGGCAACUGCAACACGCCCAUCCCGGAGGAGUAGCUGGCGGCGCCACGGCUGUUUCCAGGGGCUGGGCCAGGAGAAGCCGCCAUGGCAAGCGUCGAGGGAGCGGGGCAGCCCUCACAGGGCCCGUGGCCCCUGCGGCCUUUCCAGAACGAUUCCCCUGGCUGCGCUCCCCCUCCGAGGCGGGUCGGGGCCUUCCUGCCAGGACGGUCCUCUUCCCCAGACUGGCCGUGAGACGGGGGGGCGGUGCCGGGGGCUGGCCGGUCUCCUUGCCCUUUCUCUGGCAAGUGUGUUUCGGGCUCUGAGGAAGCAGCCGGCAUAGAGGGACCAGCAGGACUCCUCUGGGCUGAGACCACCUCCAGCUCCCUGGGACUGCCCCCCUUGGGGUGUGUGGGUCGGGCGGGGCCUUCCCCCUUCCCACCAGCACAGCCCAUCUUGCAGGGGCGAAGCACAGUGCCCGAGAGGCAGCCCCAGGGGACGGUCUUCCUUGCGGCCAGAGCUGGCUUCUGAAGAGACUUUUGCAGCUCCUCGUCAACGUGCCCUUUUGGCAGCUCCAUCCUGGACGUUUGGAGCUGGCAGAGGCCCCCAGCUGGGCUUGGGGUGGGUUGAGAGCUAGAGGCUCUGUCGCGGGCAGCCAUGUUGUGAGGACUGCGAUGCGGCUGAGGCCCAGCUGUCGGGUGCGGGAGGCUCCGUCGCCCGUGGCCGGUCAGCCCUCUUCUGGGAGCGGGGAGGGGGGGCACCACAUUUGAGGCAGCUUGGCUCACAGUGGGAGGGGAGGGGGGCGGCCAAGGCCAGAAAAUGGCUCUGCUGGGAACUGGGCCGGAGCCCCCACCUCGCCCGGCCAUCUGUCCCCUUGGUGGUGCUCAGAAACGCCACCGGGACCCUCAAGAGACGGCAGUGGCUUGCUUUGCCCACCGAAGGCACCAGGUUCAGUCCCAGGGAGCUCCAGUUAAAACUGGUCUCCAGUAGCAGCGACAGCAAAGCCCCACUCUGCCUCGAUGCCGGAGAGUCCCGGGCCAGUUAGAACUGGCAACUCUGGGCUAGGUGGAAGUCCAGUAGCCGUGGCCUGGCCACAAGCCGCUUCCGACCAGAUCACCCACCCAGCCGUCCCUUCGCAAGCAAUGCAGCUCUUCCCAUUUUGCCUUUCCAGCUGAUCGCAGAUGCCACAGUACUCUGCGUCUGGCUGCGUGGCGUGGCGUGGCGUGGCGUGGCGUGGGCCUCCGCAGCAAGAGAGGAAGGCGGGGUGAUUUCCCCCGUUUGGGAUGAAACACAGGCCUAAGGCUGCGCCUGUGUUCGCCUCACCUCCCUCUCUUCUGCUGUGCCUCCCCCCCCCUAAGUCCUUCACCAUGGAAUCCAGCUUUCUUGGGGGCAGCCAAUCCACUGCUGGGGGGCUGAAGAAGUCCAGGGAACCUGUGGGCCCAAAGUGCCUGGCGCAGGGCGAGGGAGGGAGGCCGGGUCUCCCAGCGCUCCUGGCCUGCCCAGCCUGUUCUGAUGCCUGUCCCUGGCUCUGUUUCUCGGCUGAGAAAAGACCUGCAUCUCUUUGCUAAAGAAACACAAGGGCAGCUGCCGCCCUGCGCAGCAGGGCUCUGAGAAUGCUCAUCGCUGGAAGGUAAAAAUAGCCCCCCUCCAUAAUCACACGGCGGUCCGUGGCCUGUAUUUAACCCUGAUGGUUGGGCCGGUGGGCGGGAGAAGGGCUGCCAGGGGAGGGAGGGCGUGAGCCCCAUGAGCUGGCGAGAGCAGUGGGCCCUUCGCGUCCUCUGCUCUGGCUCGACCCACGGGCCGGGGCCCCAGAAGGCCCUGAAGCUGGGGCAGGCCCAGAGACCGUUUUGCCCAUCCCAGGGGAAGCUCACAGCGAGUGGUACGGGAGUGCAAGGGCAGCCCCCCCCCACGAGGCCCCCAGCAGUUGGCAUCCAGGGGGUCACGCUGCCUCUGACCCACACGAUUUGAAAUGCCUUUUAGGCUUCCUCUAAGGGCAGAUCCCUCUCCAGGUGUCACGCAGGUUACAAACCACACCAAGUGGGCACAAUUUAAAAGAAUCAAGGGGGGUGGGUGGGAACCAGUGCACCAGAUGUAAAGGAAGGCUGAUGAGCCCAGGCGGCUCUUCAGAGCGUCCUCGAAGACCUGCAGAGAACGGGCCUGGUGAACCCCUGGUGGAUGCCGGUUCCAGAGGGUGCGGCGGGGCCACUCCUGAGAAAGACCCGCUCUCUUGUACACACCAGCCUAGCUGCCCUUGGAGGCAGGUGGGCGAGCAGGGCCUGCCCUGCCCUGCCCUGCCGGCUUCACGGGAGGCUCUUCUCUGUCAAUGCUGGAGGCAACGCGGAGCCAUGGUGACGAGCAGCUGUUGGCAGCCUUCUGCUCCAUGAGACGCUCAGAUAUCCUUGGGACGACCAUGUAGAACGCAUUGCAGUAAUCUAGCCUGGGGGUUUGCCUGAGCGUGGCUCGUGUGCAUCAUGCUCCUUGUGUAAAAUGUCUUGAAAACUGAUGCUGAAGGGCUGUCUGGAGAUUCUGUCUGUCAAUAAAACAAGAGGGGAACAACA